AUGGUCUGCAGCGCAUCGUCUAUUGGCACACCAUGAAACAUGUGCCACUGUCUGCAAUAAAGUCGGGCUCAGGAUGAAAAGGUUGCAAAAUGCCUUGAGUGAGUGCAGAAAACUAAGCAAUGUUAGGCUGGAACGAGGAAGUGGAGAGGAGAGGGGAGGGACGGAGGGCUGAGCUCCAUCCUGCAGCCGCGGCGCUGAGAACAGCAGCACAUGGAGCUGGGGAGAGCUGGAAGAGCUUCAUAUUGCAAACUCAGGGAAUAGCAGAAUACCUGCAAAGAAUGGAGACAGAGGAGGCUCAGGACAUGUCCCAGGGUUCAGGACAGGAAAGCCCCACUGCAAAUGAUGUCCCUGAAGAGACAGAUGAGCCAAUGCCUGUGCCUGAAGACCUCUCCGCGACCUCUGGACAGCAACAGACUCCCAAGAAUGAGAAAGUGUUAGCCAGUAAUAUUAAAGUAGAGAAUCAGAAUGAUGAAGAGAAUGGGCGUGCCUGUGAGGUGAAUGGGGAAGAAUGUGCAGAGGAUUUGCGAGUGCUUGAUGCUUCAGGAGUGAAAUUGAAUGGCUCCCACGCAGGCCAAGGCAGCAAAGCCUACUCUUCAGUCGGUGGCAUUCGUCUCCCCAAUGGGAAGCUAAAGUGUGAUAUCUGUGGAAUCGUUUGCAUCGGUCCAAAUGUUCUCAUGGUACACAAACGAAGCCACACCGGUGAACGGCCGUUUCAGUGUAAUCAGUGCGGCGCCUCCUUCACACAGAAGGGCAACCUACUACGCCACAUAAAGCUGCACUCGGGUGAAAAGCCAUUCAAGUGCCACCUAUGUAACUAUGCCUGUCGCCGUAGAGAUGCCCUCACGGGUCACUUGCGCACUCACUCUGUGGGGAAGCCUCACAAAUGUGGAUACUGUGGCCGGAGCUACAAACAGCGCAGCUCAUUAGAGGAACAUAAAGAGCGCUGUCACAACUACUUGCAAAGCAUGGGGCUGCCAAACACUGUCUACUCAGUAGUAAAGGAAGAAAGCAACCACAAUGAGAUGAGUGAAGACUUAAGCAAGAUGGGAUCAAAAAGAGCCCUGGUGCUAGACAGACUAGCUAGUAACGUAGCUAAGCGUAAGAGUUCUAUGCCUCAGAAGUUUGUGGGAGAGAAGAGGCUGUCGGACCUCUCCUAUGAUGGCAACUCAAACAACUACGACAAGGACAGCGAGAUAAUGCAGCCUCAUGUCAUGGACCAGGCCAUAAACAGUGCCAUCAGUUACCUGGGGGCCGAGUCCCUGCGUCCCCUGGUCCAGACUCCCCCUGCCUCCUCCGAUGUGGUCAUCAGCCCCAUAUAUCCUCUUCAUAAACCAAACAAUGGCAACAACCACAGCCACUCAGUCCAUGACAGUGCCGCCGAGAACCUGCUCCUACUCUCCAAGGCCAAGUCAGUUUCCACAGAGAGGGAUGUCUCACCUAGCAACAGCUGUCAAGAUUCCACCGACUCUGAGAGCAACAACGAGGAGCGGGCUGGGGGAGGCGGUCUCAUCUACCUGACCAAUCACAUCGCGCCGCAGGCUCGGAAUGGCAUCUCCGCCGUCAAGGAGGAGCAUGGCAGGCAGUACGAUCUCCUGAGGGCUGUAGCGGAGUUCAGGGUGGUCACUAACGAGGGGGAGCAGGUCAAGGCUUAUUACUGUGAACACUGCAGAGUUCUCUUCCUGGACCACGUCAUGUAUACUAUCCACAUGGGUUGCCACGGUUUCCGAGACCCCUUUGAGUGCAACUUGUGUGGCUACCGAAGCCAGGACAGGUAUGAGUUCUCCUCCCACAUGACGCGAGGGGAGCACCGCUUUUAAUGCACACACACUGGGAAAAUCUGAGGGACCAUUGAUAAGGAUUUAUGUAUAUACAUUUCCAUACUGCAUGGGUGAAAAAAAAAAACCCAGCACAUUUUAGACAGCAUUUUAUUAUACUAAAAAGCAAAAUGGAACAGCAAAAUCACUUUUUUGGUUUAUUUGGUUUUAUUUUCAUUAAACAAAUUAAUUCACAUGCUUAAAAGGAAUGCCCACUGUUUUCCCCAUGUGUUUGUGCCAGAAGAAGAGGGUUUAGUUGAGAGACUGAUUUGUUUAUACACGGACAUAUCUUGUGAAGGGAAUAUAAAGAAUGCAAUAGAACUGCUAUUUAGGUUGAACUGCUUUGUUUUCUGUUUCAGAUAAGAAAAAGUACAAAUUGUGUUAACUACAGAAAGGUGACAUUUGAUGUAGCAUAUGUGGAAAUCCUGAAAAUACUAAUAAAAUUAAAGAAAAACUACUGUAUUUGCCAAAAUGAAACAUUUAUAAUAUGUAUUUUAAAAUGUCAUGUUUGGGUUGUUUGUUCAAAGUAUUCCAUAUGUGAGAACUAAACUGGUAUUAUCCUACAUACACAACAACAGAAGGGUUCUUACAAGUAUUUCAUGAUGAUAUAGGGUUGUAAAACUGUGCAUCAGCUUCGUAAUGCAACUGUUUGAAAGAGUAAACAAGAGCUUGAUUUCUUUCUACAGCUGAAACAUUUUAUUUCAAAAUUAAAAUUGCACCACCCUUGGUGACUGUACUAGAAAUACACAUUUUGGGCUACUCUUCAUGGUUACAAUUCCAUGUAGUUUAAACCUACAAGCAGUGUUCUAUCCAGGUGACGCGCAGUGACUAGUAGUUCCCUUAAAAGUAUGAAAUGUAACCAUGGCCGAGGGUUAAUGGUUCAUUUCUAUUUCAGGGAACCAGGGUUAUAAUAAUAACCUGACGUUAUAGUCUGCCUACCAAAACAUUCUGUUAGACAAGACAUUUUACAUUACAGUGAAUGAAGCUCUAGCUUACUUUUUUUAAAUAAAGUGAACAUAAAUGGCUAGAUUCACAGUCCCUGAUUAGCUUUACUCGCGGAUUACCUUAUCUAAAUUAACAUUGAGUAGACCAAGAUUAGUUCUAACCAGGGGCUGUGAAUCUAGCUGUCAAACUUCAGACUGCUCUGGAAGUAUGAAAGAUAACUCCACACAAAAGAGCAUACCAGCGAACUAAUCAAAUAUACUUACAUAUAUAUCUGUGCACAUCUGUUUUACUAAACUUGUACUUGUGCAACUAAUAAAUUAAUAUUUUAAUUGAUUAAAACCCUGAUACUUAGUGUUACAUUUUUUUAAAAAAAUAGCUGUUUUUAUUUCUACGUUUCCAAUUUAAGUUUUCAUAUAGAGACAGGAUUAUAAUCAUGCAUGUUAAUUACGUGGAGCAAAAAUGCAACAGAUGAAACAGGGCAGUACAUUCAGAAUUGCACUCAUUACAGAAGUGAUUAUGCAAACUAGAUCUCAAGUGUUAUAGCUGAGACACUUGCAUAUUGACAUUUUUAUUUUGCAGCCAAUGUUUGAGCUUAAUUUACAAAUCUGUGCGUAAUUAAGUCUGUAUCAAAUGUGUGGAGGCACAUAAAGUAGCUGUUUCAACUUUUGAAUUCAUUAGGGUACUGUUAGUUUGUAAUAAGGAAAGGGUUCAAGUUGUACAAUAUUUUGUAUCGAAAUGAAGAAUUAAGGCAAUAGUAUGCGUGGUUCUAUAAUGCAGAACCAUCAGUGACAUUAUUUUUAUGUAAAGUAUUUAUGCUCACUGCAUAAUGUAUUUCAUGUUUUUUUUUUUAUGUAUUUAUGAUAAGAUGCUUUCCGCUUGCAUACAUUUUAUGAGUACAUUCAUACAUACUGUAUUUCUUCUGUACAGUCUGAGUUAGUUUUGUUUACAGCAAAAGAAAAGUGUGAAUGUUCAAAAAAAAAUUUUCUUUCAGCAUUCUCAAUGUGCAGUUCAGGAAAUUAUUUUAUGUUGUUUUUGCCUUAGAGGAUGUUGAAAAAAUAUGUCUGCAAAAAGUCUAAUAAAAAAAAAAAAAAUCAUUUUAUAAAUAUAAAGUGACAAAUCAUUUUACCCCCAUUUUUUCCCAGUUUAGAAUGUUCAAUUAUGUUCCCUCACCGCGCAACUUCACACAGCAGAUCAGAAGCACUGCGGGUCAGUGUGCUCUCU